GAGGACGCAGCAGGCGCACUGGGCGUGUGCGCAGACUUCCGGUUACGUCACGAAUUCUCUUCCAGAAGACCGAGACACCGGGAGAGCUAUGAACCGGAGAGACGGAGCGGAGAUGACGGGCCCCCGCCUGUGACCGGAGCCCGAGCGACCGGAGGACACUGAACGGAAGAGGAGACAGCGGAGCGAGCGCGGAGGAGCCGCCCUGCGGGGCCCGGACAGAUUUAAUCCAAUAAUACGGCUGUUUGGAUGAAGCCCUUGGGGUAAACGCUGGUGCAACCAUGAGCCGAGGCAAGCGUGACAGCAACUUCUCAGUCUUUGAAAUAGGAGACUCCACCUUCACGGUUCUGAAGCGCUACCAAAAUCUGAAGCCUAUUGGGUCUGGAGCACAAGGAAUCGUCUGCGCUGCCUAUGAUGCCGUUCUCGAGCGCCAUGUUGCCAUCAAGAAGCUGAGCCGGCCCUUCCAGAAUCAGACACACGCUAAGCGGGCCUACCGGGAGCUGGUGCUCAUGAAAUGCGUCAAUCACAAGAACAUCAUUGGACUCUUAAAUGUCUUCACACCGCAAAAGUCUCUGGAGGAAUUUCAAGACCUGUACAUUGUGAUGGAGCUUAUGGAUGCCAAUUUGUGCCAAGUCAUACAGAUGGAGCUGGACCAUGAGCGCAUGUCCUACCUUCUCUACCAGAUGCUGUGCGGCAUCAAGCACUUACAUUCUGCGGGCAUCAUCCACCGGGAUUUAAAACCAAGUAACAUAGUAGUGAAGUCUGACUGCACCCUAAAGAUUCUGGACUUUGGUCUGGCCAGGACCGCAGGGACGAGCUUCAUGAUGACCCCGUACGUUGUGACGCGUUACUAUAGAGCUCCAGAAGUGAUCCUGGGAAUGGGAUACAAAGAGAACGUGGACUUAUGGUCGGUGGGGUGCAUUAUGGGAGAAAUGAUAUGCCACAAGAUUCUCUUCCCGGGAAGGGACUGUAUCCUUGCACACUUCUUUAUGCACAGUGACUGUAUACACCGGUGUGUUCUCCUGUGUGUGUGUGUUUGUGCCGUUUUCUCUCCUGGGACCACAGUGCAUCCAUAUUGAGACUGGUCCCUGCAC